AUGGACGUUUUCACGGCUCCCAAAUGUGUCAUGGGGAUCGGUACUGAUGUAACUGGCAGAAUCAUCUACUCUGACCGUUACUCGGACGACCGUUUCGAGUACCGCCAUGUCAUUCUCCCCAAGCAAAUGCUCAAACUCAUCCCCAAACGCUACUUUUCAAAUGAUGAUACUGGAUUAUUGAGGAUUCUGGAAGAGGACGAAUGGCGUGGUAUCGGGAUCACGCAGUCUUUGGGGUGGGAACACUUUGAAGUGCAUGCACCUGAACCUCAUAUCUUGCUUUUCAGGAGACCACUUCCCGGGGGUGCGAAGCGAUAG